CAUCUCUGAUUAGAUAUACUGAUUCCUCCUUUCAAUGGACGUCAUUUAAGCGCAGACUCCUGCCUUGAGUUGCGUCCUCCGCUUCACGCCCGAUUUCCGACCAUUCUUUCCUUAUUAUUAAGUAUUCCUGUAAUAUUAAUAGUCAUGAAUGCGUUCUAUUAGGAGUCCAAGAGGGAGACGAAGAAGCGGCUCUUUGGCUAAUAUGAGCUCAAGCGAGGAGACGGCAGCACUGUGAUAGAAGCCAGGAGAGCAGGGAGAAAAAGAGGGUUUUACCAAGAGAAACUUUUCGACCCAAAUCCGCCAGCACCGCCGAAUAUCAGCAUUUUUUUUUAGACCCAAAUGAAGGGCAGCGGGGAUCUAACCAUUUAUUUCUGAUGGAUUAUCGUCCUGCUGCUGUGGCACAUAUCUGAUCGCCGGGGCCAUCGUGAUCUUGCAGGAGAGAAGAGUCUUUUCUGGGGGUUCAGUUUUUUUUGUUUUGCUGGUUAAUUCCCUUUGCUUGCCCCUCGAACACGCCAAGUGUUUGUUUUUUCUUGAACUGAUUAUUCUUUUCUUGAGUCGCACCGAGAAAAUGUUAGUGCACAGUUUUUCCGCGAUGGACCGUCACGACGGCACCAGCAAUGGGACAGCCAGGCUACCUCAGCUGGGCGGCGUGGGCCAGAGUCCCUACACGAGCGCCCCUCCGCUCUCCCACACACCGAACUCGGACUUCCAGCCCCCGUACUUCCCCCCGCCCUACCAGCCCAUCUACCCGCAGUCUCAGGACCCUUACUCGCACGUCAACGACCCGUACUCCCUCAACUCCCUGCACGCCCAGCCGCAGCCGCAGCACCCGGGCUGGCCGGGCCAGAGGCAGGGUCAGGAGAGCGGCCUGCUGCACCAGCACCGCAGCCUGCCCCACCAGCUGUGCCGGGAGUACCGCAGGGAAGUGCUCCUACCGUCCGGCCACGGCAUCGACACGGGACUGUCGGACUCUAUCCCUAUCCAUGGAAUACCUCACUCUUUAGAAGACGUUCAGUCUGUUGAGGAUCAAGGAAUCCACAUUCCCGACCAGACUGUAAUUAAAAAAGGCUCCCCUGAGCCAUUAAUGUCACAAGUGAUCUAUCCAAAGGCGCACAGUCCCCUUUGUCUCCGGUUACUGCACACCAAAACGGUGUAG